AUGACGAUACAAAGCGAGCCAGAGUCAAUGGCUUCAGAAUAUGAAGCGCGCAUUAAGGACUGUUUCCGCUGCUGGCCAAGCGCCGGCCCAUUUUAUCAAACUUUGAUCGACUAUUUGCAAACGGCGGGAUCAGGCAUCGGGUUCUCUCCGUUGCAGAGCCCAACAGCGUAUUUGCUAGGACACGACGUUGGUAAAAGGGCCGAUAUUGAACUUGGAAACUCGGCAGCUUUGUCUCCGGGAUCGCGUCGGCUGUCCUUCAGUUUAACUAUUUCUGUUCCUGCACAGGGCCCCAAUUUUCGGCGAGUGCAUGCAGCACACCAGUCUCAUAUUGCAGUAGUGGAGGGGUUCCUGGCACCCGAAUCCAUCAGAAUUCUAGGAGAGAAGUACCAAGUCAGACCUGAAUUCUUUAUCGACUAUCUGGAGCCACGUUAUGUUUACGGAUCUAGUACAUCGAUGGGACGAUACGAACUACCGAAUCUGCCUUCCAAGCGAGACAACAUCGUCCAUCGCCUCUUUAAUCAUCGACAAUACGGUGCCACUAGAUUUAGAGCAUUACAUGUCCACAAUGAACAGUGGCUUACGGUGGAACAAAUGGUAUCAUUUAGUGUGAAACGCGAGGGAAAGAGCUGGCACGGAUGCGUACAGGAUCCCAGGAGCGCCGAAUUCGUCCCCAUCAUACCAUAUAAUCUCCCUAUUAGUCGCGACAGCGGCAUGGGACUACAAGACGACCUCUCAUCAAAACAGCAUCGCCCCUAUCAUCCAGCCGCCGAUAUAAUAUUAUCGGCGGCCUCUUCCGUAACCACUCAGCUACUCGCAGAGGACCCUUUCUAUAUCCUUAGCUGUGUGUAUCACGCGGCUGCACGUACCCGAAUCCAAUUGCUCAGCUUCAUCGAAUCCGACAUCACUGAGUGCUCGUCUACAAAUGGCACCACAAUGGGUGCACAUCAGAGCCUAGUACUUGAUCAGUUACGUUUUGACCUCCAGCUUGUGCGACGUGUGGAACGGUUCUGUAAGGAGGACCUGGCAAACAUCACACAGCUGGGCUCGGCCGCGUGGCCGAGGACGGAGAAACUGGCCGAGAUAGAGAAGCUUAGAGAUCAGCUCCAGAGUGAUUACGCCUAUCUCAUCGAACAGUGCAGCAGCCUCGUGCUUCAGUGUGAGACUGCCAGCAACGCUCUGGUCAGCUUAGCGCAAUGGAUGGAUGCACGCGAGGGCAUUCGAGAAUCCCGCCACAUCACAAAUCUGACCGUCUUAGCUUUUCUCUUCAUCCCGUUGACAUACAUAACUUCUGUCCUCGGCAUGAAUGUUCAAGGCGUCAUGGAAGGAGUUCCAAUAUGGGUGUGGGGAGGAGCUUCAGCUAUUUCAGUGAUUGUUACUACUGUGGUCGUGGUGAUCAUGAGAUGGAAGCGUUGGGAGAUACCUAGGACAUAG